AUUGUUGCUUUUGCAAUUUUGAUCAGCUUUGUGGUUUUAUUGGUGUGCACAAAAUGGGCAAAUGCGAGGGUUGUGGAAAAUUGGGAAGAAUGGUGUCAAUGGAUGAUUCUGUGGAUGCCUAUCAUUUCUCUCUUCUAUUGUCUCCUGUUGUUUCUGUUUGGGAUUGUAUUGUCCGAAAGAUGAGGUAUUCCUUCAGACCUGAGUGGGUGUAGUUCUCGAACUUCUGAGAUUUCAUUAGUUUUUUAUACUGAAAUUAGGUGGUGCUGUUUAGUAGUAAACAAAGGGUGAAAAAGGAACAGAUAAAGAA